GCUGCGCUAAGUGAAAUGGUGGAACAUAUCACCCACAACCAGAACGCGAUCACAGAGCCCAUUUACCCCAAAGCUGUCCACACGUUUGCAGUUAAUAUGUUUCGAACCUUGCUACCCUCCUCCAAUCCUAUGGGAGCAGAAUUUGACCCAGGAGGAGAUGAACCAAUGUUAGAAGCAACUUGGCCUCAUCCACAGCUUGUUUAUGAAUUUUUCUUAAGAUUUUUAGAGUCUCCAGAUUUACAACCCAAUAUAGCAAAGAAAUAUAUUGAACAGAAGUUUCUAUUGCAGCUUCUAGAACUCUUUAAUAGUGAGGAUCCUUGGGAGAGAGAUUUUCUAAAAACGACCCAGCACAGAAUCUAUGUGAAGUUCUUAGGCCUGCUCGCUUAUAUCAGGAAACAGAUCAGUAAUAUAUUUUAUAGGUUUAUCUAUGAGACAGAGCACCACAAUGGCAUAGCAGAAUUACUGGAGAUCCUGAGAAGUAUAAUUAAUGGAUUUGCCUUACCAUUAAAGGAAGAGCACAAGAUUUUCCUGUUGAAGGUGUUGCUGCCCUUAUACAAAGUGAGGUCCCUGAGUGUCUACCAUCCCAAGCUGGUAUACUAUGUCAUGCAGUUUUUAGAGAAGAACAGCACCCUCACUGAACCAGUGGCAGAGCGGGCACUCUAUAACUGGAAUAAUGAGCACAUCAUGAGUUUAAUCAGUGACAAUGCAGCGAGAAUUCUGCCCAUCAUGUUUCCAUCCUUAUACCGCAAUUCAGAAUCGUAA